UUUAAAUCUUAUUUAUUAAAUCGGAUUCAAAGUAUAGAGUUUGAGUUAUUGUAUUAGUGUUAAGGUACGCACCAUAUUAGGAUCAAAACAGACCAUCAUAAAACGGACUUCAUGUUUCCGAUUUGGAGGAAGGUAUAACAGAGGAGUAAUUAUAUGUGGAAUUUAGAAAGUUUGGAUAAAUUAGCUUCGUAAAAUUGCAUAGGUAUGCUUAUGAAUUCCUAAAAUAGAUAUCCUUUUAUUGGAAAGUCUAAGCAUUAUGCUUUCAUUUAUUUCUCGUCUCAAGAAGAGGCUCGUAAAGCAAAGGAAGCGAUGAAUUAUAAAUA